AUGGCACAGUUAGGAACAAUGAGUUCUCUCUCCGAUGAGGAAAUCAUCGCACAGAACCCAAUCGGAAAUGGCUUGGAUGAUUUUCGUCGUCUUUUCAGAGAAAAAUGUGAAGAUCUUGGUGUCUCUGAGGUCUAA